AUGGAGAGGGAAGAGAAGAGAAGUCUGGUUAACCAAGUCUUCUCUUGGUCAAUCAAAGAUAUUCUGAACAAAGACAUCUUCAAAGAACAUAUAAUGACAAUACCAGAUAGUUUUUGGUCCGUUGAUGAAUACCUUAAGUGCUUCGUUCCUCAUAUACUAGAGGAGACACGAACAGAGUUGUUCUCAAGUUUGGAAUCUUUGUAUAAAUCUCCCGUCUUGAUCAUACGUUCCAUGGAGGCAAGGUCAAUAAGAUUACCAAGUAGAACGUCGACCAAUUUCAAUGUAUCACUGAUGAGAGUGAAUACCAAAGGAAAUAGAGCGAAUUACGAGCCGAAAUGCGGAGAUCUCAUUGCUCUCACAAAAGUAGGAAGGCCAACAAGCGUUAGUGACUUGAACCCACUGGUUCUUGCAUAUGUAUUCUCUGUUGAAGAUGAGCUACAUUUCUCUGUUCGUUCGUCUAAAUCCAUAUCCAUUGAUGAGAGGUUUUCUUUUCGUUCCGGUGUAUUUUUAAUGACUUUAACAACAAACACUCGUAUAUGGAAGGCUUUGCACCACGAAAGUGCCAAUUUGAGUCUCAUCAAGAGCGUCCUUCAGGCUAAUGCCACGGAUACAGAGCACUCUGUUUCUUCUAGGAAUUGGGGAAAUGAUGUAUUGGAUAUAAUACAUUCAGAGAACUUGAACUCUUCUCAAGAAUCUGCAAUUUUGAGUUGCUUGGAGACAAGGAACCAUUGUGACAAGACUAGUGUGAGACUGAUAUGGGGACCGCCUGGUACCGGCAAAACAAAGACGGUGGCUACUCUUCUCUUUGCUCUUCUCAGACUAAGUUGCAAAACAGUUGUGUGCGCUCCUACAAACACGGCCGUGGUAGAAGUUGCAUCGAGGCUCUUGGCGUUGUUGAAGCUAUCUUCUUCAUCAGAACAUUCUACUUACGGGUUUGGGAAUAUUGUCUUAGCCGGAAACCGAGUCAGAAUGGGGAUAGACAACAGGAAUGAUGAUCUACUUAAUGUGUUUCUUGAUCAUCGCAUCAGUAAAUUAAGUGAACUGUCAUCUUCGAUGUCUGGAUGGGAACGGAUUUUGAUGUCAUUCAUAGAUUUUCUUGAGAAGGCGGAGUCUAACUACAAGAAACAUCUCUUGUUAAUUGAAAGAAGGGAGAAAGAAAAAGGUGAAAACAAUACAAAUAUUCUUGUAUCAUUUGGAGAGUUUGUAAAGAAAAUGUUUUAUGGCUUUAGUGAAAAGCUGGAUCAGAAGGAAGAAGAAGGUAAGAAGGAAGAAAAGAUUCUUACAUUUGGAGAGUUUGUAAAGGAAAAGUUUGGUAGCUUAAGUGAAGAUUUAGAGAAGUUUAUGGACCAUCUGGUGGAUAUGUACACACAUCUGCCCAAGUGUUUUAUAUCAUCUAAUGAUGUGAAGAGAAUGAUCAUAGCCCGUCAAGCUCUUCAUCAUGCUAGAGAUUUCUUGCAGGAGAACUCUUCCAAACAGGAUUUUGAGAUCAGAAGCUUCAUAUUGGAUUGCCUUCAGCCUCUAAGAAUGCUUCCAAAUCGUUUCAAGAUUCCAAACUUGUUGGAAAACGAGGAUGGAAAGAGAUUUUGCCUGCAAAAUGCACACAUAAACUUCUGCACUGCCUCGGGUGCCUCGGAAAUGACCGAGGAAAGGACAGGAUCCAUAGAGCUACUUGUAGUUGACGAGGCAGCUCAACUUAAAGAAUGUGAAUCAGUUGCUCCAUUGCAACUUCACGGCUUGCGCAAUGUUGUUCUAAUAGGGGAUGAGUUUCAGCUACCAGCAAUGGUGCAAAGCGAGGUAUGUGAUAAAGCAAAAUAUGGGAGAAGCUUGUUUGAGAGAUUGGUUUUGCUUGGCCACAAAAAGCAUUUGCUUAAUGUUCAAUACCGUAUGCAUCCCUCUAUAAGUCUUUUCCCAAACAUGGAGUUUUAUGGUGGGAAGAUCUCUGAUGCUGCCAUUGUUAAAGAAAGAAGCUAUAAAAAACGGUUUCUUCAGGGAAACAUGUUUGGUUCUUACUCAUUUAUCAACGUGGGACUUGGGAAAGAAGAGUUUGAUGAUGGACAUAGUCCCAAGAACAUGGUUGAAGUUGCUGUGAUUUCUGAAAUCAUAUCCAAUCUUUUCAAAGUGUCAAGUGAGACGAAGACUAAGAUAAGUGUUGGGGUUAUUUCACCGUAUAAAGGUCAAAUUAGAGCAAUCCAAGAAAGUGUCGGAGAUAAGUACGGUUCCUUAUCAGAUGAGCUUUUCACUUUGAAUGUUCGGUCGGUUGAUGGGUUUCAAGGAGGAGAAGAAGACGUUAUUAUCAUAUCAACCGUAAGAAGCAACGGUAACGGAAAAAUAGGGUUUCUCAGUAAUCGUCAAAGAGCAAACGUAGCACUCACUCGUGCAAGGCACUGUCUAUGGGUGAUUGGGAACGGGACAACUCUGUCUCUGAGUGGUUCCAUUUGGACAAAGCUUAUAAGGGACUCGAAGAGACGUGAAUGUUUCUAUAAUGCUGUUGAUGACAAGAAUCUAAGAGAUGCCAUGAAUGAUGCUUUGCUCAAGGUCGACAUGUCUGAUGUGUAUUCGAGUUUUCGAUCAGGAGAGAGAGACAAAACGCUAGGUGAUGAAAGCUCUGUGUGGUUGUCAACUUUGUUAUCCUAUGGUUCCACUCUAUUGUCUUCUCAAGUUUUUGUGCUAUUUUAG